AUGAAUAUAAAUAGCAAGAAACUGCUGGUGAAAAAUAAAAAUGCAGCAGAUAUUCAAAUAACAGCAGAACAAUUAAUAAAUGAGGCAUUAGAUUUAGAGGAAGUUGAGAAAAAAGUAAAUUAUAAUUUAAUAGAUGAAGAUGAAUUAAAUGAAUAUAAAAUAAGUAAAAGAAAAGAAUUUGAAGAUAAAAUAAGAAAAAGGAGGUAUUUAAUAAGUACUUAUAUAAAAUAUGCUCUUUGGGAAAUUAAACAAAAAGAUAUUAGAAGAGGUCGAUCUAUUUUUGAAAGAGCAUUAAAUAUAGAUUAUACAAAUAAAAAUUUAUGGUUAAAAUAUAUUGAAGUAGAAUUAACAAAUAAAAAUAUAAAUAGUGCUAGGAAUUUAUUAGAAAGAGUAGUUUUAUUAUUACCAUUAGAAAAUAUAUUUUGGAAAAAAUAUGCACAUUUAGAAGAAAUAUUAAAUAAUUUUAUAAAUGCAAGAAAUAUAUAUGAAAGAUGGAUUAAAUGGAAUAUAGAUGAAACUUCAUUUUUAUGUUAUAUUAAUUUUGAAGAGAGAUGUAAAGAAAUAAAUAAAUGUAGAGAAAUUUUUGAAAAGCUUAUUGUUAAAAUACCCAAAUUAGAAUGCUUUUAUAAAUUUAUUAAGUUUGAAAAAAAAUAUAAAAAUAUUGAAAGAGCUAGAGCAUGUUUUGAAAAAUGUAUAGAAUUAUUACCAUCUUCUUUCAUAGAUGAAAAUUUUUAUAUUUAUUUUUGUCAUUUUGAAGAAGAAAAUAAUGAAUAUGAAAGAUGUAGAAAAAUUUAUAUAGAAGCAUUAAAAAGAUUACCAAAAAACAAAAGCACUCUUUUAUAUAAAAAUUUUCUUCAGUUUCAGAAAAAAUAUGCAAAUAAGGAUGAAUUAGAUCAAACAUUAUUAUUAAAAGAAAGGAUUUAUUAUGAAGAUGAAUUAAAAAAAACUCCAAAUGAUUAUGAUAUAUGGUUUAAUUAUAUAAAAUUAGAAGAAUCUAACAUUAAUGUUAUUAAUAAAGAAAAAUCAUUAAUUAGAAUAAGAGAAUUAUAUGAAAGAGCAAUUAGUGUUAUACCCUUAAUACCAAACAAAAAAUUUUGGAAACGAUAUAUUUAUCUUUGGAUAAAUUAUUCUGUAUUUGAAGAAUUAUAUGCAGAAAAUAUAGAAAGAGCUAGAAAUGUUUAUAAAAAUAUUUUAAAAAUUUUAAGUAAUCAAAAUUUUACUUUUAAAAAAAUUUAUAUUUUAUAUGCUAAUUUUGAAAUAAGGCAAUUAGAUAUUCAGAAAGCUAGAUCUAUUUAUAAUAAUGCUUUAGAAAAAGUUAAAAAAGAAAAAAUUUUUGAAGAAUACUGUGAAAUAGAAUUACGUUUAGGAAAUAUUAAAGAAUGCAGAAAAAUAUAUGCAAAAUAUGUUGAAACUUUUCCUUUUAACUCAAAAGCAUGGAUUUCUAUGAUUAAUUUUGAGUUAUCGUUAGAUGAAAUUAAUAGAGCUAGACAAAUUGCAGAAAUUGCAAUACAUUUAGAUGACAUGAAAUUACCUGAACUGAUAUGGAAAAAUUAUAUAGAUAUGGAAAUUAAUUUACAAGAAUAUGAAAAAGCAGAAAAAUUAUAUGAGAGAUUAUUAAAUAUAACACAACAUUAUAAGGUUUAUAAAAGUUAUGCAGAAUUUGAAUAUAUUUAUUAUGAUGAUAUUAAAAAAUGCAGAGAAAUAUUAGAGAAUGGAAUUGAAUUUUGUAAAAAAAAUGAAUUAAUUAAUGAAAGGUGUGUUUUAUUAAAUUUCUUAUAUGAUAUUGAAAAAGAUUAUGGUGAUAAUGAAAUUAUAGAAAAAACUUUAAAAAGAUUACCAAAAAAAGUUAAAAAAAGAAAAAUUAUUAAGAAUAAAGAUGAUGAAACAGUUGAAGAAUUCAUUACAUAUGUCUUUCCUGAUGAUGGAACCCAAUCACAAAAUAUGAAAAUAUUACAAAGAGCUUUAGAAUGGAAAAAAAAAAUGGAAGAAGAUAAAAAAACAAAAGAUAAAGAUAAAGAUAAAAUAGAAGAAGAUAUAGAAGAGGAAAAAAAAAAAAAAACAAAAGUUAUGAAAUAA